CACAAAACCCGGACUGGAGUCUGACAGUGUGACGGAGAAUACGGAGGCAUCUGAUGGAAAAGUGAACAGCAGAAGUAAAAGAAGAAAACACCAACCACAAGAUGGCGUCAUCAUUGGGCGGGAAAUCUCUGAGUCAUGGCGCAAAGAAAAAUUCGAGGAAACAGGAUGGUUUUGUCAGAGUGAGGAAAAGUGAUUUAGAGAAGUUAACCACAGAAGUGAUGCAGCUGAGGGAGUUCCUGCCCAGAGUUCUGAACAGGGACCUGAUUGAGAUGCUGCAUAAAGCUCGAACAGUUCAAACAAUGAAGGAGCACCUUGUGCAGGAGCAGGACCAGCUGCAGCAGGACUGUGUGCACCUUCAGGCCCGGUUGGAGGCAGGGCAGACUGAAUGUCAGAAAGAGAGAGAGGAGAAGCUGCUGUUGAGGGAGCAGCUGUGGCAGGGUGGAGCAGAGCUGCAGCAGCAGGCAGACUUCUGCUCUGCUCUGGGAUCAGCAGCCUGCAGUCUGCUGUGGAGCUGCUCAUCCAGAGAGGACACGGUCACACGCUGGCUGGCUGAUAGGAAGCUGCAGUCCUUCCUGGCUGUAGCUGCUCAGACUCUGGAGAGCUUCGUCAGGUCUCUUGACGAGGAGGAGAAAACUCAGACUGAGGACCACAACUCCCAUGAGCACCAGUUUGUGCUGGCUCUGGCUGGAACUAUUACUAACAUCGCAGCAGUGACGUGUGGGCGGGACUUCCUUUCCACCUCGGCUCAGGACCUGCUGGACACUCUGAUGAAGAUGCUGGAGCUGAUGAAGCCCGGGGUCUUCCCCAAACUCAAAGUGCUGAUGCUGAUGGCGCUGUAUAAUGUCAGCAUCAGUGUGAGGGGAUUGAAGUGCAUCAGUGAGAACUCUGGACUCCUGCCGCUCAUCUGCACCCUGCUGGACGACGGAGACUGGGAGGUGUGCCUCCACUCUGUGCGGCUCCUGCAGUCGGUGCUGCUGGAGGAGGAAGUGCUUCUCCUUCUGGGCCCCCCCCUGCUGGACCCCCGGCUGCAGGCUGCUGUGAGCCGGCUGACCUCCAGCCUGCAGCCGGGCCUCAGACUGGCCGCCCAGCAGACCCUGGAGGACCUGCAGACCCUCCAACAGAGUCGGGGAGGUAAGCAGAGCAGUAUCUUCAGUCCUCCUGCUGUCUGACUGCCCUUCGUCUCACACUAUAUCUGUCUGUCUGUGCAAAUUCAGGUUUUUAUUGUAUAAUCAUUAUUUAAGUAUAUUUUACUUGCACUGUUCUCGUUAAUCUUUCCGUUUUGAUCAUUAUUGUGUCUUUGUUGGUUGUUACCUGUUUAAUAUUUGUUAAGGUUGA